CACCCCGCAAUACGCCUCCCGCGAAAGAUAAACAAGACGCAGCAGCGAAUAACCCAAUCGAUCCAGUUUAAACACAGCAUGCAAGUCUCAUAACGAAAAAUACUUGGUCGCCAUGUGGAUUCUCCCUCUCAUAGGGUACAUGGGCAUGGCCCUUGGCUUUGGUUUCCUCACCCUCGCCAUAGCCUCUGGACUCUACUACUUAUCUGAACUCGUCGAAGAACACACGGUCAUUGCAAAGCGCCUUCUUACGCGCCUCAUAUACCUCGUUAUCGGUCUCCAGAUCCUUCUAUGCAUCAUCGAUGGCCUGCCAUUCACGCUCUCCCUCCUCAGCAUCGUGUCACAUGUGGUAUAUCUGGGAAACAUGCGGCGCUUUCCUGUCGUGAAGCUCAGUGAUCCUCUGUUCAUAAUCUCAUGUGUUCUCGUUCUCUUCAACCACUAUGUCUGGUUCUCGCAUUUCUCCACCGCCGCUGUCGCGCCCAUGACAUCCAUUUAUGAUAAACCUGAUGUCCCGACCUUUACUGAGAUCGCCUCCUAUUUCGGGAUUUGUGUGUGGCUGGUGCCGUUCUCGCUCUUCGUGUCACUUUCUGCGGGCGAUAACGUUUUACCUACAAUGGGCAGCGAGGAGCCAACUACCCCCGGCGCUCCGGGCGUCAAUAAUAAGCGGCAGGGUAUGAUCAAGGUCGUCGUUGACACCGUUCGGGAAUGGAUUGGCGAAUUAGCACAGUUGGCCGGCUGGUGGAGACCCGAAAGGGGAUUCUGAUGUAUUGUAAUGAAAAGGAUAUUAUCGGCGUUGGUGCUGGUGCAUAGGGUGGAUAAUGCCAGAAUGUGUUUAGAUAGUUCACCUGGCAUUGUGUGUGGAUAGUAGGAAGCGCGAUGCAAGUGUAUAUAGGUAUGUAUUUUACGUGCUAAUGACCGGCAAAACAAGCCCCUGACAAACCCUUAUCGUAACGCCUGUAAAUAGUUCCUUGAUAAGUGUGCUAGAGGGUAAGUGUACAGCAAAGGUGUAUAGCAAUAUUUC